AUGCAUUUCCUCAUCAUUGGCGCGACAGGCCGAAAUGGCUCUUUGGCUGUCCAAGAAGCCCUUUCUCGUGGCCACACAGUCACUGCCCUUGUCCGGAACACAACAACCGCCAAACUUCCCUCUCACUCAAAUCUCAUUCUUGUUCAGGGUGUCCCAACUUCAGAGUCAGAUAUCACCAAAGCCCUCACAACUCCCCAGCAUCCCCGGGUUGUCAUCACAGCCCUUGCCCAAGUCCGCGUCACGGAGUCACCUUUCGCCGCAUUACGUCCUGACACCACACCUGACUUUCUGGCCCUCAGCAUGACUGCUCUCAUCGCAGCCAUCAACAACUUAAAUUCACCCAAACCCAAGAUCGUCGUCAAUUCUGCACAAGGCGCUGGCUCUUCAUGGAGUUCUAUGAACCUGCCCGGAAAGAUGAUCUUCAGCCACGGUACCAUGGGAAUGGGCCUCAAGGAUCACAACGUUGUUGAUCGUCUUGUACGAGAGAGUGGAUUGGUUUUUGUUCUUUCACGACCGGUUAUGCUUGCAGAAGGUGAGGCUAAACCAGUCAAGGUCUGGCCUGAUGAUGGAAAAGGCUGUGCUUGGAUGCCCAAGAUUACAAGGGAGAGUGUCGGAAAGUGGCUCGUUGAUGCGGCUGAGAGUAGUGAGUGGGAUGGAAAGGCACCUGUACUUAGCAACUAG